AUGCCUGAAAUAUACGGUGGCCGUAGGUCUAUUGGAAGGAAAGGUUUUGGCGGAGUGCCUCUUGCAGUCUGCCGUACCCACCCCACCAUCCCACUUUCCAAUUGCCUCUCCCGCCCGCGGACUCACCCCCGGUCUGCGCCUUUCCAGGGAUGGCUACGCAUGUGGCACCGGCUUGUGCUUCUUCCCUACCCGUCUCCUCGCCGUCUCUCAGACUCUCAGUCUCUCGUCUCACCCUCACUCUCACUCUUUGCACUUUUCAUGUCUCGUCCACAAAAUCUAAGACAUCCAUCUCGAACUUCGCUCACAGUCCUCGGCCUUCUUCGCACUAAUACAGCGGGACAAUACGCCCUCGUCCUCUCGUUCCCUCGCCUUCACCCACUCCUACUGGCCACCACGUCCACUCCUGCUCCCACGCCCGCUAGAACCUCUCUCCUCCAUACGGAUACUUCACGUCAGACCACACUUACCUUCCCCGGCGUUGCUGCAGCUCGACAUGGACAUGGACCUGGAUCUGGCCCUCGACCCGAAUCUCUGACCCCGACGCUACCUCUACAUCUGAGCGCACCCUCACCCUCCCGAGUCCCGUCACCUUCACCCUCUCACACUCGCCUUGAGGAGUAUUCGACCCUCAAAAAGUACCUCAGUCUUUUGGCCCGUCCCGUCGCCGCGUUUCAACCAGCCUCGACUGUCAUAUCUUAA